AUGGGGUCGACGACUCUAGAAGAAGAAAUCACAUCAGUCAGAAGGAACCAAAUGUUUGGCGAUCGAGGUCGCUGGGUUGCAGUCGACCACAGUGCCAACGCUCCUGGCGGAUCACGUGUAAGAGAAAUUUACGCACAUGUAUUUACGUGUGUUUCACAUCUUAUUCGAGUUAUUCCAACAUGGAUUUUAACGAAACUGUGCGUGAAUGGAAAAAUACUUAUCGAGACGUUUCUCCGGGAUCAACAGCACAUCCCACAUUCGCAACGACAUGCACAGCUGUGCAGCGCUGUAGUUUCGCUUCGGUGCACCAAUCAGUCAUUCACCAUUCUACAAGAACCGAUGUCGGGAAGUGCAAGGUUGGUCUUGGCUGGGGAUGCCCUUCAUAUGGCGGAAUUGGACUUUCCCACGAAUCGUGUGCUCGCCUCCCCCUACUCUGUGUCGUCUAGUGAUGACUAUUAA